CUCAACUCACACGGACAGCAAGCAAUAGCAACCUGCCCUAGGGGCACUGACUUCUUAUUAUGAGCGCCAUGGAGCGGCAAACAAGCGUCGAUGACCUUUUAGGCGGCUUUUGGAGACUAGGCCAGGCUGGGAUGGGCCGCACUGACUCGGAGGCGGCAUUUCAGGAGUUUCUGAAGCGUAUACCGUCAACCACGAACCUCGCGGCUGCUGUCGUGGAAAGCUCGCAGGGAGGGGCGUCAGCCUCGCAGCCCGCAGGCGCUUCUUCCUCGCUACCAGCCGGAGUGCUUUCAGAUGUAGUAACCUCAGCAGCAGCUGCGGUGGGUGGCAUUCCUCGGGUGCCGUCGCUGGAGCUACUUCGCCAGCUCGUGCUUCCUUCAUCGGGCGCGAUGCCUGCAGUAACAGCACAAGGGCUUGCGCCAGCUUCUGCUGUAAAAGUGGAAACAGCUGCUGCUGCGCCACCGGCUCCAGGCGCACCAGCCGCGCCCAACUCGGCCUUCAGGCUGCCCGAGGCGGUGGAAGUGCUCAAAGGGGCUGUGGUGCCGCCCCUGCCCGCCCCGGUGGCGCUGCCCCCCGCCCCGCCCCUGCCCACCGGCUACCCACUCGCCGGCAUUCCUGCGCUCUCGGACUUGGCGUCGCUUUCGGCAGUGGGUGCGGCUGCUCUGCACGGGAUGCCGGGGUUCCAGCCCCCACCCAACCCGCUUGCUGCGGCGUUGUCGCCCGCAGCUGCGGCCGCGGCAGCACUCCAGCUUGGCCAGCUUGGUACCAUCGGCGCGCGGCACCUCAGCGCAGCGCACCCGGCGACCUCUGGCGGUAACUCGGACAGAGACGGGGACAAGGUGGACUCCCGGCGUGCCCGGCGGAUGCUGAGCAACCGCGAGUCGGCACGCCGGUCACGGCGACGGAAGCAGGAGCACUUGUCCAAGCUGGAAGAGGAGCGCAACGUGCUGGAGGAUGAGCGGCGCGAGCUGGAGAACUCGUAUCACACGAUGGAGCGCCGGGCGCAGUCGCUGGAGGACGAGAACAAGCGCCUCAAGGAGGAGAAUGAGCGGCUACGUGACGAGCUGCGCUUCCUGCGCACGGAGAUUGCGGACCGCAAGGACCGCAACGGCUACGGCCACUACCGCAGCGGAGGCGGCCGCCUGCACGCGGACAGCGAUGACGAGCAGGCUGCCAAGCGGCACCGCCACUCGGACAAGAGCAGCUCUGAGGAGCACCCCGGAGCCUGCAGCGAUGAGGUCGUGGAGAAGCGGCCACGCACAGCCGCCACUGCCGCGCCUGUGGCCACUAACGGCACUGCCACCGCCAACGGCAAGCACGGCGGUUCGGCAGCGGGCGGCCGCGGCGGCGGUGCGCCAGGCGCCAGCAACCGGGCCGAGCGGGCCGGUGGUGAGCGCUCCCGGCCAGAGGGGAAAACACGCGAGGCACGGGGGCGCGACCGGGAUAGGGAACGGGAGCGGGAGGCACGGGAGAUGGCGGACGAGGACGAGGACGAGGAGUAAAUGUGCAGCACAGAGGCACGUGCAACGGCUACAGUGCUUUGCUGCAGCAAUAGUAUAGAACGUGUGGCGGGACGGGACCGGCGGUUUGUUUGACGUGUGUGUUUCAUCCCCUGACGUGUGGCGCUGCGAGUGGCGUGCUUCAAGAGUGGGUGUGGGCGCCGCAUGUUUGUUCGGCACGUGGAGGUUGCCACCGGCACGGCCUGGCCCGCACGGUGGUUUGCUGCUAUGAUGGCGCUCCACCGGGGUCGAAUCUGCAUGACCGGAGAUACGUCUUCGUGAUCAAGUUUUGCAGAGCUGGCCAUGGCGCAUCCUAGAACAUGCGUGAGUGUGCGGGACAAGCGGGAACGUUACAGGUGGCGUCAUACGGGGGUGGCUGUCUGCAACGGCGUGGCAGGCUGCAUCUUUCAAUGGCAACGACACGCGCCCUUGUGCGGCAGCCACUGCAAGGAGGGAGGGCGAGCUACGUCGCAGGGCUUGAGGAGAUGUUUGACGGAGUCGUUCAUGUUGCGGAGCCGGCCUCGGUGUCAUUGAUUCGUGGUGCUCAAGGCCGGUCACAGGGCGCAUGAAUGGGUGGGCAUGAGUGUGCGUGGUUGUCACGAGCGUGUUCUGUGUGCAUAUGGCACCUGCUGGUGUGGUUGGCGUCUAGUCUGCAGCUGGUCUGGAUCGAGAAUCAUUCUACUACUUCGGGCACGCAGGCGGCAGCAGGCAAUAAGCUUACCUGCGCCGUCGAUUUUUACCCCCGUGCCCUUUAAGAACUUCUUUGACUGGAGACCUUGUGUGAGCCUUUGAAUCCUGGCUUUGACUAUGACCUGGCGGCCGUGUGGAGGGUGUGCUGCUGGGGGAGGUGCCGUGGCGGCCAACGCAGGCGGGGUGUUAAGCCUGUGGGGUUGCGCAGCGGGGCAGCGUGGAAGCCGCAUUUGACAUGACGCUGGCACUUCACUUCUUCUUUUGCAACCCAUCGCGUGUGUAUUUCUAAUUUUGAUAGUAGGACCGUGGCUGCGGACGCGGCUGGGUGAAGAGCUGAGAGCAAUACGUGCGUGGAUAAACGAGAGUAAAUAGGCCCAAAGAACAUUGUAGUGGCUCACGAUACUGCGCGUGAGACUGUACAGGACAUAUGUUCAGUAAUCCCAGUGUCUGUGCGAACUGGCGCCGCUGCUGGAGGACGAUUCUUGUCAGCCGGGCGUUGAUGGAGAGAGUGGGACACGCGGUCCCGCGACAUGCUGUAAACGUUACAGCCC